AUGAAUAUCAAGUUGAUUGGUAAGAGUACAUAUAAAAAAUACUCUAUACAUUGGCAUGAAUCAAAGAAUAUCUAUAGGGAAUUAGACAGUAUGCCUGGUGCUACUGUAUCCUAUACCAAUGAAGAGCCAGAGCAUAAGUACAGAAUAGGAUUCCCAUUAGGAUUCAAGAACGGCAAUGCAUACUAUCUCAAUAACCACGUUAUUAUACAAAUACUCUAUGAUAUCAACGAUGCAGGAAGAUAUCGCAUUAUGGGGCUUGAAAUUUAUCCAGAUUCUAUCUCAGAAGGAGAGUGCACAAAAAAGAAUGUAGAUUAUGAUCAUCAAAAGAUUGUUGAGCGAAGAUCCACAGUAUCAUAUACUUACUCAGUCAGAUGGAAGCAAGUGAACAGCGUCAAUAAUCGCUGGGAUGCCUUCUUAUUACCACCUAAUCCGGAAAGACAUCUUCAUGCAUCCAUAAACAGUAUGAUCGUCACAAUUAUAUCAUGGGCCAUGGUGGGAUUUAUCUUGUUCAAGACAAGGCAUCGUCGAAGCAACUCAAACCAAAAUGAUAGAGAUAUCAAGGUAUAUGACGACGUAGAGGAUUAUGUUGGAUGGAAGUUGGUCUAUCGAGACGUAUUCAGAAGACCUGUUUAUGGUGGUUUAUUAACGCCAUUGAUGGGAACUGGUAUCCAAUUAUUGGUAAUCGCUCUUGGCAUACUCAUAUCACUCUACAUGGGAUGGUAUCACCCAGCCGAGCCCACUUCGUUCACUCGACGGGCAACUGCUUUAUUUUUGCUUGGAAGUUUUCCUGCUGGAUACUGGAGUGCUAGGGUUUAUAAAGUGUUUAGGGGCAAAGCAUGGGUACUCAACAGCUUUCUGACAUCGAGUAUCGUGCCAAGCAUUUUCUUGUGUGUCUUGUUUACUAUCAGCAUCCUUGCGUGGGCUCAGCAAUCUUCACUUGCCAUCUCUUUUCAUGGCUGGUUGUCACUCAUUUCUUUAGGUAUCUUUUUAACAGUACCUUUGACUUUAUUAGGAUCUUAUUUGGGCGAAAGAAAGGAUCGAAUUGAGUACCCAUCAAGGACUACACAAAUUCCUAGAAUGAUACCUUCCAAGCGAUGGUAUCAACUCAACUUUAUUAGGCAAGCAGUGAUCCUAGGUGGUGUCAUACCGUUUUCAGCCAUCUAUUUGAAUUGGCAUGACUACCUGUCUUCAUCUACAAAAGGAGAAUUUAUGCUAUCUAUCAGUUAUACGAUACAGUGUAUGACAUGCCUACUGACAACUACUUCAGCUGUCACUAUUAUCUUGAUAUUUUUACAAUUAUGCACAGAAGAUUAUCUUUGGUGGUGGCAAUCGUUCAUGAUUGGUGGAUCUUCUGCCAUUUACAUGUUUAUUUAUGGUGUAUUUUAUUUUAUGCAGCAUUCACCCCUUCAAGGGCUUGGCAGUUUUAUUUACAUUGUUCAUCUAUUGAUGAGCUGUAGUUUAUUAGGGUUAUGUACAGGCACACUUGGUUUCUUGAGUGCAUAUGUCUUUAUACAGCAUAUUUAUUCAACAGUGAAGGUAGAAGUGUAG